AUGACUACGUUAUUUAAUUUAAAAGAAACAGACUGGAAUGAAGAAUGUUUAUCAACGAUGAGUGAAUUUCUUUAUCAGCCGGAAGCAAUAGUAAUUUGUUUGUACUUUGACGGAGAUGAACUCGUUUCGGAAUUGUCCUUUCCGAUGAAGCCCAUCCACGAACUGACGUAUUUCAUCAAAGAGCCAUAUGAACAUUUAACCGUGGAAAAUUUUCAUGAAAACAUCGUAUUCGGCAGUAUUAACGAUCACGUCGAAUCAUCGAUAUUGAAUAUUGUCGAACAUCUCCUGGCGCCAAUAUUCUUCAGAAUAUACUCUUGGCCUGAUAGUAUCCUUUCGAAAACUGUGAUAAUUUUAAUAAUCAUGGAUUCCACCGAAAUAAACAUUGUUGUAAUCUAUUUGAUUCAAACCAUUUUUGUUGCGUGUCUUAGAACAUACGCGAAGGCCAAUUUCUGGGCCAACGUUCACAAUUUUUUAUGUACCCUGACGGACUUGACAUACAAAAUGUUGGGGUUGACAGUGAUUUACUUACCCUUAGAGGCUUAUGACCUCACCCCUGAUGAAGCAAGCACUGAUAAGGAGCUUGUAAAGCGAUUUGAAAGCGUUGUCAUGCACUGGACGAGGCAGAUCAGGGUAGCUCUCGGAGAUCAAGACCAAGCAACCUCUCGUGAACUUUUGCGACUUACCGACGAAUAUGAAUUUUGGCUCUAUCGAUAUGACAACCUGUGUGGGCUCAACAGUCAACUGCAGAAUUCAAUUGUUAAACACGUUGUGGAAAUAUCAACGUCAACUCAGUCCACCUACGUUAGGCAAUUUUUAACACUCAACGAGGAGAUCGAUCAGGGAAUGAAAGUGGCUAAAUCGAAUAUUGAAAUUCUUGGCAUUUUACGGGAGUCAUGCGGAAAAUUAGACGCUUGUUCUUCUCCUAAUGAAAUCAGCAAGUACCUUCCCGAGAUAAUUCAACUCCUUAGAGUAAUAUGGCUUAAUUCUCCUUUCUUCAAUAACGCGGAGAAGAUGAGCAGCUUAUUCGUUACUCUGAGUAAUCAGGUGGUAGUCCUUUGCAAGAAAUUCAUCGAUUUAAGGGAAAUGUUCUACGGUAGGACAAGGAAGUGCAUGCAGAUUUUAAAACAGUGCAUAGAUGCGUGCAAAGAAUAUAAACGAAUUUACAACGAAAUCUCAUUGGCUCAUAAUACUUUGACAGAUACAUAUUGGGUUUUGGACAGUGAGCUGAUUUUUCGGCACGUCGACGUUUUCAUUACUCGAUGUGAAAAUGUGAUCGAAAUAUGCCAAGCGAUGAUCGAUUUUGCCAGGAUGGAUGACACGACCAUUAUACCUAAACCUAUAUUCGGUGGCACAAAGGGAAUUGAAUAUGAAAGGGUCUGCCAAAAAGUGGAAAGACUUUUUCUCGAAAGUCUUCGUAAAAUUGAGGCAAACUCUCAGAAGAUUUUCGAUGUUCACCAACCGACUUGGUACGACGACAUGUUUCGUUUCCGUGAAGAGGCAAAAGACUUGGAGAUCAUUUUGGAGAACCUUAUGACUAGCGUCUUUCAGGACAUGAACAAUAUCCAGGAAGGAAUUAAUCAUCUCUAUGGAUUUUAUAACUUCAUGGGCCGAAAGACCUUAAGAACUCUGUUUGAUAGCAAGAUUACCCUCAUUUGGAAAAUGUUCGGGGAGGAGAUACAGAAAACAAAGCAAGAAGUCCUGGACGAGUACGAGGAAUACUCUUCAACGGCACCAUACUAUUCCGGCAGAGCUCAAAAUCUGCGAUUAAAAAUCUAUAGAUUAGAAGCGAUGAAAAAAACCGUCGACGAAGCGAAAUGGAUGUUUCCUUGCAAUAUGGCCGAGGAAGUUUACCUUCAGCACAAGAUUCUCGUCGCAUCCAUCGAAGAUUCCAUUAGCGAUCUUUAUUACAAAUGGAUCAACGACACCGGCGAAAAUCCUGUGGAUCGUUUGGACAGAUUUUUAAUGCGUCGAAGUUCGGUUACACCGGAGUUUAUAGAAUGUAAUAUCGACCAAAGUAUCAUUCAGAUAUGUAAAGAAGCCAGUUAUUGGAUUAAUCUUGGAUUUAACGUUCCCGUGCAUAUACAAGUUGUACAUGGAAAAUGGGACACGCUGCAGUUUGUUUAUGAGAGCGUUCUUACGGUGGUGCUGUCCUAUAACAAAAUUAUAGAUGCUCUAUCUAAACAGGAGCGAGAACUCUUUCGAGAUUUGAUAAGGCUUGUCGAUAGGAAAAUAAAAGUAGGACUAACAAGAUUCACUUGGAAUUCCGAGUUCAUCGAUGCCUUCAUACAAGAUUGUUGUAAUCAAACAGCAAAUCUUCAGGAGUUCCUCGACACAUACAAAAUCUCGAAUUUCGAGAUAGUUAAGGUUUGUGAAAGGAUUUGCGAUAGGCCGAUGAUAAGGAUAAGGCCCAAUUAUGCGUAUCGCUUAAAAGAACUGGAAAUGGAACUUAGAAAUGAAAGAGAAGCGGUUAUACAAGAUAUUAUUAAAGACUAUAGUACAAUCAUGCAAUUUGUAAUGGUCGUAUAUGAAGGAUUUCAACCUGUGUUGGAAGAUAGUAUCGUAGAGUGGAAGAACUAUCUGAGUAACUUGGAUAAAUUGUUGGAAGAAGCAUUUAGAUUGUGUCUGAAGAAUUCGAUAUCCGUCAUUUACGAAGCCAUGCAUGGGGACGGAACUACAGCACCUUCGCCCAUUUUAUUCGUUGAAGUCGAUCUUGUUAAUAACAAAAUAUCGUUUGAACCUGCAUUAAGUGAAAUUGGGAAAUUAGUGGCAGGAGUUCUUGAAGACCUUGUAGAACCAUUGAAGAGAAUUCCAAGGGUUAUGCAGAAAUUUAGAUUAGAAGAUUCUGAGAGUAAAUCCUUUUCUCAAGUAUACGUAGAAGAUGAAGAAUUCAAACGCUUGCAACAAAUGCUUAAUAACGAAGUGGGAUACUGUCAUGCUCAAGUGCAGAAUUAUUUAAAAACUUGGGAACCCUUCCGAGAUAUGUGGGAAAUUAACAAGGACAUAUACAUCCAAAGGUAUGAAAAAUUAAAGCCAACAGUAGCAUCCUUCGACGCAGACAUUGGAAGAUACGCUGAUACCGCAAAUAACGUUCAAAUGCAGGAAACGGUAUCUACAGUGUAUUUCUUGGACAUCAAUUCUGAUAAACUGAAAACCGCCAUCAUCGAGCAAUGCGUCGAAUGGCAAAAAAGACUGACUGGACUUCUGUUGCGACUAACAGACUCGAAAAUCAUGCACAUCUAUAAAUAUAUAGCAGAAAAUACUAAAAACUUAAGUACGGAGCCAACUGAUCUCGCAACAAUGCAAACUGCUAUGCAAUUAUUUGACAGACUGCAGACCGAAGCACAAGAGCAUGAAGAGGACUUCCCAAAAAUUCGCGAACAAUUCCAGAUUUUGGAAAAAUACCAGGUACCGAUGACGUUCGAAUUCAAGAGGAGAGUUAGGGAUAUCGAAAGUUCAUGGAACGUUUAUUUGGAGUUGCUCGCCGCAUCUGAGAUUCUCCUCCUCGAGAAAAAAGAGCAAUUUAAGAAACAGCUGUUGAACGUGGCUGCACUACUUACAUCGGAUAUGGUGAAUCUGAUGAACUCUUUCUAUGAAAAUGGACCUUUCACCUCGGAUUGGAAAUCGGAUGAUGCUUUGUCAUGGAUCGAUGAUUUUCGAAUGGAAAUAAGAAAUCUGAGAGAACGGGAAACUCAGUUAAAAGCAGACCUUGUUAUCUUUGGUAUCAGCCAGUCGGACUCGCCGGAAUUAGCUAAGCUGGAAAAGGACUUAAGGCCAAUUGAACACGUAUGGCGAACGGCAAAGGAAUGGGAAGAUGCUUGGGAGAGUUACAAGCACGGACAUUUUUGGACCAUUGAAAUGGCAGAUAUGGAUUCUACCGCGAAUGUUCUUUUUCGAAAAUUGACGAAAUUGUCGAAGGAGCUGAAAGAGAAGAAUUGGGAAAUUGUCGAAACUAUGAGAACGCGUCUGGAUAAAUUUAGACGAACAUUACCUUUAAUAAACGAUUUGAAAAAUCAUGCAAUGCGGGAUCGUCAUUGGGAUAAGGUGAAACAGGUGAUCGGUCGAGAAUUCGAUCAUUCUUCCGAUGAUUUUACUUUGAACGCCAUUGCUGACAUGCAAAUGCAGAAUUAUGCGGAACAAAUUGCGGACAUUUCAAACGCGGCUACGAUGGAACUUGGUAUAGAAAUGGGAUUAAAAGAGAUUGCAGAAGUGUGGAAACGCAUGCCUCUUGACAUGAUAUUGCACAAGGAUAGAGGAUUUUUCGAAUUGAAAAGUGUAGAGGACAUUACUCAAGCUUUAGAAGCUCAUCAGGUUCAAUUGACAGUGAUGAAAGCAACGAGAUUUGUUGAGCCAUUUUCUCAAGAUGUCGAUUAUUGGGAACGCGCUUUAUCUACCGUAAACGAAGUCUUGGAAAUGAUUUUAGUUGUGCAGAAAGCUUAUACUUAUCUACACGAUAUAUUCAAUGCCGAGGAUAUUAGAAAACAGUUGCCGAAAGAAACGGAUGACUUUGAUAAGUUAAGUCUGGAAUGGAGAAAAAUAACUGCUCGGAUGGCUAUGAGUAGUCUUGCAAUGGACGCCACCCAUAACCCUCCCAACUUACUUGAAUUGUUGAACAAACUCAACGAUAGUCUUGAAGAAAUCCAACGUGCCCUAGAACAAUAUCUCGAGACCAAGAGGCACAUUUUUCCAAGAUUCUAUUUUAUCUCAAAUGACGACCUUUUGGAGAUCUUGGCAAAUUCGAAAAAACCCGAGCGAGUCCAGCCGCAUAUUAAAAAGCUUUUCGAAGGCAUGAAGAUGCUAAAAAUUAUGAAAACCUCAAGUGGAAAACACUCGGCCGAAGGAAUGUUAUCAUCGGAAGGCGAGUACGUCGAAUUUCUUAAACCUGUAAUGUUGGAAGGUCAAGUCGAAAUUUACUUGUGUCAUGUAGAAACUGCGAUGCGCAAUUGUUUGCGCGAAGUUUUACGACAGUGCAAAGCGGCGCUUCGUAAAAUGUUGGCAAAACGAGAUAAAUGGGUAAAAGAGUGGCAGAGUCAACCCGGAAUCACCUCAUCGCAAAUACAAUGGACCAAUGAUUGUACCCGAACUCUUCUGCAGUGCAAACUGAUGGAUUCGAAAAAGCCUUUGAGGAAAUUAAGAAAAAAGCAAAAUCAGGCAUUGUCGAAAUAUUCGGAGACCAUUCGAUCCCAACUUAAUAGACUGCAACGAUUAAAGUUCAAAGCGAUCGUCGUGAUAGAGAUUCACGCCAGAGAUGUUAUAGAGAAAUUGUAUAAAAUUAAUUGCAGAGACGUAUCAUCAUUCGACUGGCUGUCACAGUUGAGAUUUUAUUGGGAAAGAGACACCGAUGAUUGUAUCGUGCGACAGACAAAUACAUAUUUCGUUUAUGGUUACGAAUAUCUCGGGAAUUCCGAACGACUCGUUAUCACUCCUUUGACGGAUCGAUGCUAUAUAACCCUGACAACUGCUCUGCAUUUACAUCGCGGAGGCUGCCCAAAAGGACCAGCAGGAACUGGAAAGACGGAAACUGUAAAGGAUCUUGGAAAAGCAUUGGGAUUUAAUGUCAUUGUCCAAAACUGUUCCGAAGGAUUGGACUACAAAAGCAUGGGAAGGUUGUUUUCCGGUUUGGCACAAACGGGUGCAUGGGGAUGCUUUGAUGAAUUUAACAGAAUUAAUAUCGAAGUACUGUCAGUCGUGGCACAACAGAUCUUAUCGAUUCUCACAGCUUUGGCCCAAAAACUGACAAAAUUCGCUUUUGAGGGUUGUGAGAUUUCGCUGGUCCAUACUUGUGGGAUUUUCAUUACUAUGAAUCCAGGUUACGCAGGUCGCACGGAGUUGCCUGAUAAUUUGAAAUCGAUGUUUAGGCCAAUAUCAAUGAUGGCACCUGACAGUAGCAUGAUUGCGGAAAUUAGUUUAUUCGGAGAAGGAUUUCAAAACACGCGCUCUUUGGCUAGAAAGGUUUAUACGCUCUAUACAUUAGCCCAACAGCAACUCAGUAAACAAUUUCAUUACGAUUUCGGUCUUCGAGGAAUCGUAACUCUUACAAGAUAUGCUGGAAAAAAGAGGCGUUUAUAUCCGCAUUUAAGCGAUGAGGAGGUUGUUCUUCUAGCCAUGAAGGAUAUGAAUGUGGCAAAAUUAACUUCCGAAGAUUUGCCUUUAUUCAAUGGAAUCACUGCGAGUCUUUUCCCAGGGAUAGAUCUUCCGACUGUUGAUUAUGAACAAUUAAUUUCUUAUAUAACUCGAGAAGCAACGCAACUAAAUCUUCAACCGAUCCCGUUAAUAAUAACCAAAGUUAUACAAUUAUACGAGACGAAGACAUCACGGCACUCAACAAUGAUUGUUGGUGAAUCUAACACUGCUAAAACGGUUACGUGGGAAACACUGAAAAAUACUCUAACAACUAUGAAAAAGAAUAAGGAAGCUGGCUAUAAUGCAGUACACGUAUAUCCCAUAAAUCCAAAAGCAUUAAAUUUAAGUGAAUUAUAUGGAGAGUAUAAUUUGGCCACAGGAGAGUGGCUUGAUGGUGUCAUUUCGUCAAUAAUGCGAAUAGUUUGCGCAGAGGAAACCCCUGAUGAAAAGUGGAUUCUAUUUGACGGUCCAAUUGAUGCAGUUUGGAUAGAGAACAUGAACAGUGUAAUGGACGAUAAUAAGAUCCUGACGCUUAUAAACAACGAUCGCAUCACGAUGCCAGAGCAAGUGUCCCUCCUAUUUGAAGUUGAAAAUUUAGCUGCAGCUUCACCAGCUACUGUAUCCAGAGCAGGAAUGGUUUACAAUGAUUAUAAAGACAUUGGUUGGAGACCUCUUGUUAAUUCCUGGCUUCAAGCUUAUAAAAAUGAACCACGACUAGCCAAUGAGCUCAAUGGACUCUUCGAUCGCUACGUUAACCCAAUCCUCGAAUUUAAACAACAAAAUUGCGAAGAAACCAUACCAGUUCCCGAAUUGAAUGCCGUUGAAUCGCUUUGCAAGCUUUUGAAAAUCUUCAUUACUUCCGAAAAUGGCGUCGAGGUAGGCGAGGAUCAGGAUAGUUUCAGUGCGAUGUGCAAGUUGUGGUUUCUGUUCUGUUCGGUGUGGUCGAUCUGUGCAUCGGUAAAUGAAGAUAGUCGGUUCAAAGUCGAUACGUACUUGAGAGAGAUAGAGGGUUCUUAUCCUUUGAAAGAUACCGUCUAUGAAUAUUACGUGGAUGUCAGAAAACGCAGCUUCGCCUCUUGGGAAGAGAAGCUGCAGCAAUCUUGGAAAUUUCAACCAGGAAUUCCGUUUUAUAAGAUAUUCGUCCCCACCGUUGACACCGAACGAUACAUAUCUUUGGUUAAUGCACUCGUUGCAAAAGGAUAUCCAACUUUACUUGUUGGUCCUGUUGGGACAGGAAAAACGUCAAUUGCACAGGCCGUUCUUGAUUCUGCCAAUCGUGAGAAGUAUAGUAUUCUCGUAGUCAACAUGUCUGCUCAAACGAGUUCCAAAAAUGUCCAGGAUUGUAUCGAAAGUAAAGUAGAAAAACGUACUAAGGGUGUGUACAUCCCAAUCGGCGGUAAGAUAAUGAUUACGUUCAUGGAUGAUCUUAACAUGCCCAUGAAAGAUGAAUACGGUUCGCAACCUCCUUUGGAACUGCUUCGACAAUGGAUUGGUUAUGGAUUCUGGUACGAUCGAAGGAAGUAUGGGCGAGUGUAUGUGCAACGAAUGCAAUUAAUUGCUGGAAUGGGACCUCCAGGCGGUGGUCGUAAUACCAUUUCUGAUCGUUUACUUACAAGAUUUAAUGUCAUCAACAUGACACUACCUGUAGACAAACAAAUCACAAGAAUCUAUGGUACAAUGUUGAACCAACGACUCUUUGAUUUCCAUCCAGAAGUUAAAGGAAUGUCCAGCGAUCUGGUCAGUGCUACUAUUAGGAUGUACAACAAUGUCAUUCUAAAGAUGCGACCUACUCCUUUGAAGAUGCACUACCUCUUUAAUUUAAGAGACAUAUCCAAGAUUUUUCAAGGAUUGUUGCGCAGUCAUAAGGAUUAUCACGAUUCAAAGCAAGUGUUUCUUCGUUUGUGGGCCCAUGAAUCAUUUAGGGUAUUUUGCGACCGACUGAUUGAUGAAAAAGAUAAAGAAUGGUUCAUCGGUCAGAUCAAUGAACAACUUGGGAAGUACUUCGAGACGACAUAUCACAGUUUGUGCCCAGACAAAAGAAGUCCAAUUUUUGGCAGUUUCAUGAAUGCUUGGAACAUUUACGAAGAUUUAACUGAUAUACCGGCUUUACGACGAUAUAUAGAAACACAAGUGGAGGAGCACAAUUCGUCUCCAGGAGCUGUUUAUCUCGAUCUCAUCCCUUUCCAAGACGCCAUCGAGCAUAUUUGUCGUAUCGUGAGAGUGAUUUCUCAGCCUCGUGGACACAUGCUGUUGAUUGGAAUAGGAGGAAGUGGCAGACAAACCGCAGGAAAAAUUGCUGCAUACAUAUGCGAGGGGAAUGUCUUCCAAAUCGAAGUGACAAAGCAUUAUCGCGUUAUGGAGUUCCGCGAAGACUUGAAACGAUUGUACACAAUGGCUGGAGUAAAUAACCAGCUUACAGAUUUCAUAUUUAAUGACUCGCAAGUGGCGGAGGAGCAGUUUUUAGAAAUUAUUAAUACCAUACUGAGCACUGGUGAGGUUACCAAUUUGUACAAGGACGAGGAAAUGGAGGACAUUAGAAAUAUUCUGGCGAAGGAGAUUUUAGGACCAAAAUCGAAUGCUUUGCCUAGUAUUGAAGUGGUUCACGCAUUCCUCAUCGAAAGAGCCAGAAGUAAUAUGCACAUCUUUUUGUGUAUGAGUCCACUCGGAGAUGCAUUUAGGAAUAGACUGCGUCAAUAUCCAGCUCUAAUUAAUUGCACAACAAUUGAUUGGUUCCACGAGUGGCCGAAAGACGCACUGUUGGAAGUGGGAAACAAAUUUUUACAGGACCUCAACUUAAUCAUCACGAUUACCGGUGAAAAUAUAGUGGAACCAAGACGAUCAGCUACGGCUAUACCGAUACUUCCUCUUCAAGAACGUAUGAGAGAAGGUAUUGCUUCUCUCUUUGCUCUCAUCCACAGCUCGGUGUCGCAGUUUUCGAAGCGAAUGAAAAUCGAAAAGAAACGUCACAAUUACGUGACUCCCACAAAUUUUCUAGAACUCGUAGCUGGUUACAAACGUAUGCUCUCCGAAAAGAGACAAGAGUUGGCCGAUCAGGCAAAGAAACUUCGAAACGGACUGUUUAAAAUUGACGACACACGCGAAAAGGUGAAUGAAAUGGCGGCCGAAUUGGAGGUGACACAAGAACAGGUUCAUCAAUCGACGAGGGAAUGCGAGGAAUUUUUAAUUACUAUCGUCAAUCAACGUCGCGACGCCGAUGAAACGCAAAAAAUGGUUACUGCUAGGUCGAUUCGCAUCGAAGAAGAGUCAAUAGAAUGCAAAAAAUUGGAGGAAAUAGCUAGGGCAGAUCUUGCGGCUGCUGAACCUGCACUAGAAGAAGCGAUGAAGGCUUUGGAUGCUCUCAAUAAGAAGGAUUUAACCGAAAUCAAGUCUUUUACGCGACCUCCUAUGAAAGUCGAAAUGGUAAUGGAAGCUGUGAUGAUCCUGAAGAAUUCUGAACCGUCCUGGGCGGAAUCGAAACGUCAAUUAGGUGACGUGAACUUUUUGAAUACGCUUCGAGAUUUUGAUAAGGACCACAUAUCUGACAAAACUUUGAAGACUAUAAGUAAAUACACGUCAAAUCCGGAAUUUGAUCCAGUUAAAGUGGGCUUGGUUUCGAUUGCAGCAAAAUCGUUGUGCAUGUGGGUGAUUGCCAUAGAACAAUAUGGAAAGUUGUACAGGAUAAUAGCACCAAAGAGGGAGAGGCUGGAACAAGCUUUAAUUUCUCUACGACAAAAGGAGGCAGCUUUGGCCGAGGCAAAGGAACAAUUACAAAAACUGCGAGACGAGCUGUUGAGGUUGCAACAAAUGUAUGACGCCAAGAUGAAGGAAAAGAACGAUUUAAUCAGUCUGGCGAAACUUCUGAAGUUAAAAUUGGAACGCGCCGCCAUGUUGGUCGAUGGUCUUUCGAGUGAGCGAAUAAGAUGGGAAAAUUCGAUUCAUUCUUUGGAUGAACUGUUUAAUUGGUUGCCUGGUGAUUGUUUAAUAUCCACUGCAUUUUUGUCAUACCUGGGCCCCUUCGAUACUGGUUAUCGAUUGGAGCUUUUCGAUAUUUGGACGGCCGAGAUCAAGGAAAAGGAGAUUCCAGCAUCCCCAGAUUUGGACGUAAUAGAUUUCCUAAGCGACAGCACGACCAUUAGAGAGUGGAAUAUUCAAGGAUUACCUUCUGACGAGUUUAGCACGGAAAAUGCAAUUAUUAUAAUGAGAGGUUCGCGGUGGCCGUUAGUUAUCGAUCCUCAAUCGCAGGCUGUUAAGUGGAUAAGAAACAUGGAAUCGAAAAAUAAUUUGGACAUCAUUGACUUUGGCCAACCAGAUUUCAUGAGAACUUUAGAACUGGCAAUUCAAUUUGGCAAGCCAGUGUUGUUGCAAAAUGUCGGAGAAACUCUCGAUCCAGCUUUGAAUCCUAUCCUCCAAAAAUCCUUUAUUAAAUCAGGUGACGAAGUACUUAUAAAAAUUCAGGAUAAAAUGAUCUCAUACAAUGAGCAAUUUCGGUUGUUUAUAACAACGAAACUUCCGAAUCCUCAUUACUCCCCUGAGAUAUCAACGAAAACUACUCUGUGUAAUUUCACCAUUAAGGAACAAGGAUUGGAAGCGCAACUUUUGGGAAUUGUGGUCAGAAAGGAAAAGCCUCGUUUGGAGGAACAAAAGGACAAUCUUGUGGUAACAAUAGCUACAGGGAAACGAACUCUCAAGGAACUGGAGGAAAAGAUUCUUUAUUUGCUGAGUGUCUCGAGUGGUUCUCUUCUAGAUGAUCUAGAUUUACUUAACACUUUGCAAACUUCCAAGGAAACUGGGAAAACCAUCGAGGAAUCAUUAGUGACGUCAGAAGAGACGGAAAAAGAAAUAGAUCAAGCUCGGGAAGAGUACAGACCCUGCGCGACGAGAGCUUCCAUCCUGUUCUUUGUUUUAAACGACAUGAGCUUGAUCGAUCCCAUGUACCAGUUUUCAUUACAUGCAUAUAUAUUAUUAUUCAUGGUUUCGAUAGAUAAAAGCCCAAGACACGCGAAGCUGUCUGAAAGAAUAGAUGCAUUGAACGAUUACCACACAUACGCAGUGUACAGGAACACUUGUCGCGGUCUCUUUGAGCAGCAUAAACUCCUCUUCUCAUUUCAUAUGUGCAUCAAGAUUAUGGAAGCACAGGGGAAAAUAGUACAUACGGAGUAUGACUUCCUCCUGAAAGGUGGAAUUGUGCUAAAUCGAGAGAAUCAACCUGAUAAGCCUGUCUCCUGGUUACCCGAUGAAAUUUGGGACAAUAUUACAGAACUGGACAAGCUUGCAGGAUUUCAUGGGAUUGUGUCUUCCUUUGAACAAUUUUCUCGGGACUGGCAUGUCUGGUUCAUACAAACCGAACCAGAAGCAGUCCCGCUUAUAGGAGAGUGGGAGGAAAAUUGCAACGAGUUCCAAAAACUGUUAGUUGUGCGCAGCUGCCGAUUAGAUAGGAUGUCUUUUUGUUUAACCACGUAUAUUGUGCACAACCUCGGACAGAGAUUUGUUGAACCUCCUGUACUCGACAUUAAGGCAGUUUUGGACGAUUCCGUUGCCCAAACUCCAUUGAUAUUUGUUCUAUCCCCUGGCGUGGACCCCACCGGCUCUUUGAUGCAACUGGCUCAGAAUCAAAAUAUGGCGAAAAAGUUUAUGAUUCUUUCUUUAGGACAAGGACAAGCUCCCAUUGCGACUAGGAUGAUACAAAUUGGAGAGAAGGAAGGAAACUGGGUGUUUUUGGCGAACUGUCAUUUGUCUAUCAGCUGGAUGCCAAAACUGGACAAAAUCGUGCAGGUUUUGUCAAACAACAAGAAUAUCAACCCUCAAUUUAGAUUGUGGCUGAGUUCAAGUCCAACUCCACAAUUUCCCAUAGCGAUUCUCCAAGCAGGAAUUAAAAUAACUACCGAGCCCCCGAAAGGCUUAAAAGCCAACAUGAAACGGCUCUAUAGCCUGAUAACAGAAUCUCAAUUUGACGCCCCCAUUGAAAAGUCGAAGUACAAAAAGUUAUUAUUUGCAUUGGUAUUCUUUCACUCGAUUCUCUUGGAACGUAAGAAGUUUCAACAGCUCGGUUGGAACGUCAUCUACAGUUUUAAUGAUUCGGAUUUCGAGGUAUCGCAAAAUAUUUUACGAGUUUACCUGGAUGAGUAUCCUGUAACUCCAUGGGAUUCUUUGAAAUAUCUCAUUGCUGGUGUUUGUUAUGGCGGUCACGUGACAGACGAAUGGGAUCGACGACUGCUAAUGACUUACAUUCAGCAAUACUUGACGGAGAAAGCCCUCGAUACUCCAUUUUAUCGACUGUCAUCUUUGACGACUUAUUAUAUUCCGCGAGAUGGAUCACUGGAGUCGUACAGAGAUUUUAUAAACAUGUUACCGAAUACCGAUCAACCCGAAGCAUUCGGGCAGCACUCGAAUGCCGACAUAACAUCUUUGAUAAAAGAGACAAGAGACAUGUUUGCGACAUUAAUGUGUCUCCGAGUUCAAGCCUCGGUUGAUGAUGCAGGAUCGAGUAAAGAAGACAAAGUGACUUUAAUGGCAGAAGACAUCCUCUCGAAGUUACCAAAUUCGAUCAAUGUGCAGACAACGGAACUACUGAUCGGCGCGGAGAAGACUCCCUUGGAUGUGGUUUUGUUGCAAGAAAUUCGUCGAUACAAUAAUCUUUUGCACAAAACGCACUCCAGUUUGGAGGACCUCCAGCGUGGGAUUAAGGGUUUGGUGAUGAUGUCCUCCGAAUUAGAGGAGAUUUUCACGAGCAUAUACGAAGGACGCGUUCCGUCCUUCUGGCUUUCGGCUUAUCCUUCCUUGAAGCUCUUGGGCUCUUGGACGAGAGAUCUUAUCAAGAGAGUCGAAUACUUCGCGAGAUGGGCAGAAACGAUCCACCCACCAACCUUAUUUUGGUUAACCGCGUACACUUUUCCGACCGGAUUGCUUACGGCUGUUCUUCAGACUUCCGCCAAACUUUGGGGCGUCGCCAUUGACUCACUAUCUUGGGAGUUCUCCGUCCUGGAGGUUGAGGAGCACACUAUCAAAGAACCACCAGACGAUGGGAUGUACGUGCGAUCGGUAUUUCUGGAAGGUGCUGGUUGGGACAAAAAGCAUGGAGAACUGACAGAACCUUCUCCCAUGCAGCUGAUUUCUGAUAUGCCUGUUAUACACUUCAAGCCUGUGGAAAACGUGAAGAAGAGAGUUAAAGGUCUUUAUGUUUGUCCUUGCUACUAUUAUCCACAAAGAAGUGGUGAUGGAGGUCGGCCAUCUUUUGUUGUUGCUGUCGACCUGAAGGCAGGUGCACAUGGAGCCGAUUUUUGGAUAAAACGCGGCGCUGCCCUUUUGUUAAGUUUGACCGAAUGAGGUACCUCUCAUCAUAAUAUAUCGGUAAUACAGUUC